UGUUGGAUAGUGAUGAUGAAAAACCACAAGAAGUUAAUAAAUGUGAUGGUAGUGUUGUUGAUGUUAUUAUGAUAGGCACUGAAUCUAAUCCGCUUAUUAUAACUGAUUCCUGUGAGGAAUUAGGCGGAGAAUUAAUAGAAAAAGAAGAAGAAAUAUUUUUGGAGAAUAUAAAAAAUACACUUGAAAUAUAUGAUAAUGAAUUUGAUUAUAGAAUUAAAAAUGGAUUCCCAUUAAAUUCAAAAAAAUUAAAAGAAAAAUGUAAAGAACCAGAACCAGAAUCAAUAGUUGUAGAAAUUAACAAUAUUAAUAAUAACAAUUGUAACAAUAAAAAAGAUGUCAGUGAUGAUAGUGCUAUGGAAUCGGGAGUUGAAAUUGACACAUCAAAAUUGGAACCAAUUGAUAAACUUAGAAAUUUGCAGUGUAUAGAUUUUCACCAAGGUAGUGGUGAUGUUAAUGAAAUGGCAUUUCAUAUUUCAAAGUUCAAAAACCACGAGGGGCCCAAACUUGCAAUUGCUUACAUAGCAAAUCAUGACCCAAAAUAUAAUAUGACAGGUAAUCUACAAUUAUUUGAUGCCAGGAAAGGAACUGUAUAUUACUUACAAGGACAUUAUGAUCAUCAUACAGAAACUACAAAUGAAAAAUUAUGGAAAUCUGUCACAGAUGUGAAAUUUUCUCAGAGGGGAAAAUUUAUUUAUUCCUGUUCCACUGAUAAAAAAGUCAUUAUCUGGUCAUCAAUAGGUAAAGAAGAUCAAAUUUGCACUCCCUUGGCAACUGUAGAAUGUGAAGAUACUGUGAAUCGAAUUGCUGUUAAACAUGACAAAUCUAAGGUCACAUAUCAAUUUGCAUCAUGUGACAAUUCAGGCAGCAUCACAUGUUUUAGUUUGAAUGCAGAUGAAGGUAAUUCUUAUAAGCUAGAUAAAAAUAUUUUGCAAAUGAAAACAAAAAUAACAACUGCACCACCUAUUGUUGACAUAGUUUAUGGUGUUGACUAUUUUGAUCAGACUAUUGUUGCUGGUUUUGAAGGAGUUGAAUCACAAAAAGAUGGCUUUAUAAGGUUAUGGGAUAUAGAAACAAAAAGAAAGUUAACUGACUAUAAGAUAGGAAGUAACAAUAGUGUGAGUUGCUUGGGGAUGUCAGCAUCUGGAUAUCGGGUGGCAUGUGGGGUGACAUCAACUAGUGACCAAGUUAGAAGUGAUGGAAAUAUACGUUUGAUUGAAUUAGCAUCUAGUGAAAAGAAAAUGUUUCAAACCAAUGAAUAUGAUUCAAAUGUUAUUGCAUUUUCACCAGAUGAUCAAUAUAUCGCAUUGGGAGGGGUGGGGAAUAAAGUUUGGAUAUUUGAUACAAGAUAUGAAAAUAAGCCACUUCGAAUGCUUUCUCACAUUACUCCAAAUGAUGGACUAAUAUAUGAAGGAAUCAAUGGAAUUCAAUGGAUUAAUAGUAAUAUGAUUUUAACUGGAGGUUCAGAUGGUAUUGUUAAGUUAUGGAAUAUUAAUAAGUCAGAGAAUUCAUCCACUUGUUUGAAAUAUGAAUUCCCAGAACAUGAUAGUCCAAUAACAUGUAUCAGAGCAGAUGAGGAUUUGAAUUAUUUAUCAGUUGGUGUGUCAACAGGACGUGUUUAUUUAUACUCUACUGAUCAAACUGUAUUGAAUAAUAGGGACAAUAUUAGAUUUUAUUACCAUAAUGAAUAG